AUGCUCCAUCUCACUAGCUCGCUACAGCUUUGUGCUCUGUUUCUUACUCUCUCGGUUUCGGCGGCCCCUGCCAGCAAGCCAUCUGCGCUGACACUUGUGUCGGCAGCUAGCCCAAGUCCGACAUUCCCUUUGGCGACUGACAGCCCCAAUGCUCCUGCCUUUCACGCGGGAGCAGACAUUCAACCUGAGCCUAUACGCGGUAAACUCGGCAGCAACAUCAUUGGUCCACAGAAUGUGGAAAUCGACAGACAGAAUCCUGACUUCCUUGCACCUCCUACUACGGAUAAUGGUGAAGUGCUAAAUGCAAAGUGGCCCUUCAGUCUGAGUCACAAUCGUCUGCAGACCGGGGGUUGGGCCAGACAGCAGAACAUCAACGAUAUGCCAAUUGCUAAACAGAUGGCUGGCGUCAACAUGCGACUUGACCCUGGCGCUGUUCGAGAGUUGCACUGGCACGGAACCUCCGAAUGGGCCUAUGUUAUAAAGGGAUCAACUCAAAUAACGGCCGUGGAUCAGGAUGGAAAGAACUACUUGGCUAAUGUGAAUGCAGGUGAUAUAUGGUACUUCCCACCAGGCGUUCCACACUCUCUACAAGCGACCAAUGAAUCUACCGAGGGCACGGAGUUCCUACUGGUCUUUGAUGAUGGUGAUUUCAGCGAAGAUGCAACUUUCCUGCUGACGGAUUGGCUUGCGCAUGUCCCAAAGGAGGUGAUCGCUAAGAAUUUCCAGACAGAUAUAUCGGCAUUCAAUAACAUCCCUGCCAAAGAGCUGUACAUCUUUCCCUCUGAGGAUCCAUCUCUAGAUGCUGUUCCUGUCCCAGAUCCUCAAGGACAAGUUCCUAACGCCCUAUCUUUCGCCAUGUCGACGAUGAAUGCGACUCGAACGCGAGGUGGAUCGAUCAAGAUCGUAGAUUCGACUAUUUUCCCCAUCGCGAAAACACUUGCUGUCGCGGACGUGACUGUUGAACCUGGAGCUAUGAGAGAAUUACACUGGCAUCCCACUCAAGACGAAUGGGCUUACUUCAUUGAAGGGAACGCUCGCGUCACUGUCUUCGCUUCUCAAAGCAACGCUCGAACGUUCGACUACCAGCCAGGCGAUGUUGGAUACGUUCCUGCGACCUACGGGCACUAUGUCGAGAACGUCGGGAAUACGACGUUGCAUUAUCUUGAGAUCUUCAAAACUGAUCGGUUCCAAGAUGUCAGCCUAAGCCAAUGGCUUGCCCUCACUCCGCCUGCGCUGGUCAAAGCUCAUCUUGGCCUCAGCGAUGAGACAAUUUCCGGAUUCCAGAAGACGAAACAGUAUAUUGUUGGUAUCUGA